AUGAAUGCUGAAGUACCGUGCAGAAGCAACUCGCCAGUUAUGGACCCAGGCAGUUCUUCAAGGAAUCAGACGCAGCCGAACAGCGUCUGGAAGUUUGGCGAAACGUCCGGGCCGACGAACGGGACCUUCAACGAGUACAAGCUUGUUUGCACAAUUAAAGAUGAUGCUCACGUCACCGGCACACCGAGAUGCUACUCCGAAGAGUUUGUCAUUGCUGGGAGCGACAUAUAUAGCCAGGGGCAGAGCGGCAGGUUCUGCGGACCUGGAGACUCGGGGUCUGUAGUCUGUGACGCUCGUGGCCAGGUGAUUGGGCUACUGUUCGGUGGACAGGUACCGGGUCGAACGACCGGGUAUGGGCUCGUCAUGCCCAUCGAGGACGUUUUUGAAGAUAUCAAGGCUUCCUCGGAAGGCCAGAUUGAGGAUAUCCGCAUUGCGAGCUCCUGA